AUGUCAUUGGAUAAUUUUGAUUUUAAGUUUAGCCAAUGUUUUGGCGACAAAGCUGAUAUAGUGGUGACUGAAGCCGAUAUAAUUACGGCCGUUGAAUUUGCUAGUACAGGUGAUUAUUUAGCCACAGGUGAUCGUGGCGGGCGAGUAGUGUUGUUUGAGAGAAAUAAUAAUACCAAGCAUUGUGAAUACAAAUUCAUGACUGAGUUUCAAAGUCAUGAUGCCGAAUUUGAUUACUUAAAGUCUUUAGAAAUUGAAGAAAAAAUCAAUCAAAUCAAAUGGUGCAAACCAACCAAUAAAGCACAUUUUUUAUUAUCUACUAACGACAAAACCAUUAAACUAUGGAAAAUCUAUGAAAAAACCAUCAAACUCGUGGCCGAAAAUAACCUAAGUAUAGCAACCACCACCACUACCACUACAAACAACAAUAUAUCAAGUAAUAGCAGAAAUGGGUUUUUUAGCGGGUUUGGUUCUAGUAACAAUAGCAUUACUCCUAGUGGGAAUAGUACUACUACUCUGUCGUACCAAAGUUUAAAAUUACCCAGAUUAACUCAACACGAUAAAAUUAUUGCUGCAUCCCCAAAGAGAAUCUAUGCCAAUGCUCACACAUACCAUAUUAAUUCUAUUUCUCCUAACAGCGACGGCGAAACUUUUAUUAGUGCAGAUGAUUUGAGAAUCAAUUUAUGGAAUUUUGAUAUACCAGAUCAGUCUUUUAAUAUUGUAGAUAUUAAACCCGCCAAUAUGGAAGAGCUAACUGAGGUCAUCACUAGCGCUGAAUUCCAUCCGUUUCAUUGCAACUUAUUUAUGUAUGCCAGUAGUAAAGGUACUAUAAAAUUAUGCGACAUGAGAACCAACUCAUUAUGUGACUACCAAUCAAGGACUUUUGAAGAGUACACUGACCCUAUAAGUCAUAAUUUUUUCACAGAGAUUACUUCCUCUAUAAGUGAUGUUAAGUUUAGUCCUAACGGAAGAUAUAUUGCCUCUAGAGAUUACCUAACUGUCAAAAUUUGGGACGUCAAUAUGGACAACAAGCCAGUUAAGACCAUUAACAUUCAUGACCAAUUGAAAGAACGCUUGAGCGACACAUAUGAAAACGAUGCUAUUUUUGAUAAAUUUGAAGUUUGUUUUGGCGGUGACUCCUCAAGUGUAAUGACUGGUAGCUAUAACAAUAAUUUCUUUAUUUAUCCAAAUGCGGCAACAACAGGAGAAUCUACUACUAGUGGUAUUACCAGCAACAGUAACACUACUGGUUCAUCAUCAUCAUCAUCAUCAUCAUCAUCAUCGUCAUCUUUAUCUAACGGCACAAAUGCUGCAACUAUUGCUGCCAACGCAAAGAAAAGUAGUAACCAAGUUAUAAGACUACAGGCCGAUAAAAAUGCAUUCAAGACUUCCAACGAAAACGAUAAAAUUGGUACAGGCGACAAUAUGAGCAAUGGGUUUUGGGAUACUAAUAGUAACAAUAAUAAUAAUAACAACAGCGGGUUCUUACAGGAUGACAUUGAUUUCAAAAAGAGUAUAUUGCAUUUUUCAUGGCAUCCAAGUGAAAAUAGCGUGGCUAUUGCUGCUACAAACAACUUGUUUAUAUUUUCAUCAUUAUAA